CACCCUGUGGGCGGCGCAUUGAGGGGACUCUUUUUCAUCUACAAUCUUCAGGAGUCAGAAGCUGGAAACGAAGCAGAGGAUAUGACAAUUUAGCCCGGGGUUACCUGAGGAGUAAAUCAUGCAUGUAAAAGGAGUUUUGGUCACGGGCCAGUGUUGAGGGGUAUGUGCCCAUCUGAAGGUGCGCGUCUCCAUGGUGGAUUUGGUUUCCAAUCCUGUAAUACAAACUGACGGACCGACUUCAUUUGAGUAUUCAUGAGAAACCGACCCGAAUGGAAAGGACAGUGCAUCACCUGAAGACAAGCUGAAACAUAACUGCUGCUGGCCGACAAGCCCAUAUUUCAACAUUAAAUUAUUGUGUUGCGUUGGAACACAUCUUCUUUUAUGUCCGACUGUCUGGAGAGAGCGUUUGGAGACGGGCGCGUUUUGCGUUUGUGCCCCGGCUAACUGCAUCCACAGUGGGCUGAAGUGACAAUUCAGUGUUUCGUCUCCCAACAACACAUCCUUCAAACAUCUCCAGCCUUUUUUUUUUAUUGUUGUUACGACUUUCCGUGCUGCAAUAAAACUCAAAGGAUGGCCUCCCCGGGGCGUGCGGAAUCGCAGCGACACCGAUGAAACGAUAUUAGUGAAAGAUACUACCAAAUCAUAAUGAUAGACAGGGUUAAAUAAGAAGACACUGAAGUGAAAACCUGAGAAUUAUGUGAAGAAAAGGUCCGGAAAAUGCGUCGCAUAUGCAUCUUUCUGGUGGAGGUGUCUGCCAUUGUAAGCCUUCUGCAGUCAGGCUCCUUGGCAGAUAUGACCUGUGAAGCCCUGCUUCUGCUAUCAGGGAAUGUCUCACUACACUCACUGGCCUCCUGGAACCAAACCUCCAGCAAUGUCACAGGCUCAGGACUCUACUGUGACACCUCCAUUGAUGGCAUUGGCACCUGCUGGCCCAGGAGCAGCGCUGGGCAGAUGGUGUCACGACCCUGUCCAGAGAUGUUCUACGGUGUCAGAUACAACACCACCAACAAUGUUUACAGAAAAUGUCUUGCAAAUGGGACAUGGGCAUUGAAGGGGAACUACUCCAUGUGUAAGGCCAUACUGCAUGAAGAGAAAAAAGGCAAGAUGCACUACCAAAUAGCUGUGAUCAUUAACUUCCUGGGCCACUGUAUUUCACUAGUGGCUCUGCUCAUAGCCUUCUUCCUCUUCCUGUGUUUGAGGAGCAUCCGCUGCCUGAGAAACAUCAUCCACUGGAAUCUUAUUACUGCCUUCAUCCUGAGGAACGCCACAUGGUUUGUUGUUCAAAUGACCAUGAGCCCUGAAGUGCAUGAAAGUAAUGUGGUUUGGUGCCGCCUGGUCACUGCCUCCUUCAAUUAUUUCCACUCCACCAAUUUCUUCUGGAUGUUUGGCGAAGGCUGCUACCUCCACACUGCUAUUGUCCUAACCUACUCUACCGACAAGCUGCGCAAGUGGAUGUUCAUCUGUAUCGGCUGGUGUAUACCAUUUCCAAUAAUUGUGGCAUGGGCUAUCGGGAAGCUGUACUACGACAAUGAGAAGUGCUGGUUUGGGAAACGUGCGGGAGUAUACACAGACUACAUCUACCAAGGUCCCAUGAUCCUUGUUUUGGUGAUCAAUUUCAUUUUCCUCUUCAACAUAGUGAGAAUCCUUAUGACCAAACUGCGAGCCUCGACUACAUCCGAGACUAUUCAAUACAGGAAAGCUGUAAAGGCCACAUUGGUACUUCUCCCUCUCCUCGGCAUCACAUAUAUGCUGUUCUUUGUCAACCCGGGGGAGGAUGAGAUCUCUCAAAUCGUCUUCAUUUACUUCAACUCAUUCUUAGAAUCUUUCCAGGGUUUCUUUGUGUCAGUAUUUUACUGCUUCCUAAAUAGUGAGGUACGUUCAGCGGUGAGGAAGCGUUUCCACCGAUGGCAGGAGCAGCACUCAAUCCGAGCCAGGAUGACCCAGGCCAUGUCCAUCCCCACCUCACCUUCGCGGGUCAGUUUUCACAGCAUCAAGCAGUCCACAUCGCUAUGAGAAAGGAAACCAGCCUUGUCCUAGACAGACGCUCCGAGAGAAACCUCCAGCUAUCAUCAUCAUCAUUUUCUGCCAGACUGCUGGAGUACACUAAAGCACUUUCUGAGCUGGGACAAGGCUAGAGAGUGGGAGGGAGGCUGCAUCAGUCUCCUGGAACUCAGGAAGGACAUUAAGUAGACUUUCAGGGAAAGACGGAUUGGGAACAGGGAUGGAGGACACUGUAGACUAUGUGAAAUAAGAAGCUAAUGGAUCAAAAGACGCAAGUGACCAAGCUGAGUUUGGAUCGGUGUCACUUUGAAUUUGGGUCUGAAUAUACAGCUCUUGAUAUAUCUUGUAAUGUUUGCCUGCCAUAGAAAUGUUCUGUUGUAUUCCUGCUUGCACUGUGUUUUGUUUUCGGCAGUUUUACAUGCGUGGGGAUUCGGAGCUUGUGCUGCUGGACUGCACUGAGCUGAAUCCCGUCCCAGCGGACACUGGACUCAAACGCUAUCUUGCUACAGGGGCGGUGACUAAGUUAUUAUGAUAAACUUCUCAGAAUGUUUUUUUUUUUUCUUUUUUAAUUAUUAUUACAUCGCCGUCACAAAUAAUUGUCCAGUCAUUGUGUUUGUUAAUUUAGUGAUGUGCUAUUUUUCCUCUGUUCUCUGUCAGUUUGGUGCAUUUCAUCAACUUUCCAGAAUGGUUAAACACAUUCCAUGCAUUCUGAUUGAAGAGAGAGAUUUGCCUUCGCUGCCUCUCUAACAACAAGCCAAUUAUGGAGUAUCUUAAUUAGCUGAGACGGAUACAUCCAGUCAGUAUAGCAUUCAUCUUUUUAUCUACCAUUUACAGGCAAUUUUAUGUGAUAUUUAGUGGACUGGAAGCAUAGAAUUUGAGCUGUGCAGUAAUUGUGUCAAUGAGUUGUUGUAAAUACAUAAAUAUUAGACGGGCAAUUACAAAGCCAGUAGAGUUGUCAUGAAUCCAAAUCAAAACAAACAACAACAAAACCACACUGUAAAUUAUAAGCGCACGUUAUUCAUGUGAUCAGCCCUUCACAUGGAUCCAAUUCACAAUCCACAUUCCUACAAUGCCAAUAUGCCUAGCACCCAUGCAUCUUUCUCAACUGCUGUUUUUGUCCGACAUUGUAUAUGUACCUCAUCGUUCUGUCACACUUAAAAAUCAUGAUGUCAACUGUUGAUGGAUUUUUAUCAUCCUUUUCGAGUUAUAUGUGAGGUUUGGUUGUCAAAUGUGAAAUAAAAAUGUGGAAUUAUUUAAGAAUUUCAGAUGAAACUGUUAUGAGUAAUGAGCUGAACUGUGACGUUGUGUAUUAUCCUGAGACUUAUUGGUUUAUAAAUUGCCCUUGAUGGCAAUCAGCUAUCCUAACAAAGCAUUCUGUUUUACUUACUGAGGGAUCAGAAGAUCUGCAGUAAAAGAAUACUAAAUGAAGUGCUCAAAUAAAUGCAAACUCUCGGAACCAAGAAGGUUUGUUUUGUAUAAGAAGUUGCCCAACAGGACAGGUUAUUGCCAUGUCACUGAAAAGCUGCACCCUUGUUUAGCUUAAAAUCUGUACUGGCAAGAUUAAACAUGUUUAUGAAUUAAUGUCUCUCACCACAGACAUUGUCAUUCCAGUAGAGUAAAAAGCACUGGGUGAAAUAUAGAGAAAAUGUAAAAACAUAGAGAAAAUGUAACAGUUUUCAUGGUUGUGUGAUACAAAUACGGGCUGAACAGCAAUCGGUAACAAUAUGAUUUAUAAUAUUGGUGUUUAUUAUUUAUUUUCAUUAUUAAUGUUGUUUUUGUACUUGAAAAGCUGACUAAAGAUAACAAGAGUGUUGCUCUCGACUGAAUGGAAAAUCUAGCAAAUGGCUGGGAUGGGUCCACAUUCAGCUGCUGCUAUCGUGUACCUGCUUAAAGCCUGUGCUCUGGAUGACACUGCCAUCUGCCAUUUGUCUUCAGACUCCCUUGAGACAAAGGCAACAAGAAAUACAUUUUGAGCAUUGUGUGAUCCUUUUAAGCUUUGUGUAUGUGUCUCAAAGGAGAAUAGCGCUGAACUUCAGCUUUCAGAUAUGAUCCUUCUGCACAAGUGAACACUAUUUUCUCUCGUAACCAGGAGCAAGAGGGGAGAGUUUGUGAGGCUCCUUAAUCUGGGAAGCCACACAAACAUAGUGUUAUAAAGAAAAUGAACUGGGAAACAAUUGUGGAAAAUAAAUGUGACAGUAUUCAGGAUGAUUCUCAGUGAACCUGGACACACUUUCUGAUUCAGUACUUGCACAAUUGAAAACUCAUUUGGAUGUGAAAGUGCUGGCAAACAUUUUAAGAUACCAAAAAUCAGUGAUUGCCAAUGGAGCUGCUGUAGAUUACAUCUUAGUACAACCUUACAGAAGAGAUUGUUUUUAAUCUGGGGUUGCUAGGUUUGGAAGAUAGUUGCUCAUGUUCACAGUUGCUGGUAAGAUUGUACCAAGUCAUAAUAAAAACAUAUCUCUAUUCUUAAAA